CUGUUAUCACCAGAAUUACAGACAAUAUGAUGCCGAUGUUUUUGACUGUGUACCUCAGUAACAGCGAUAAGCACUUUACAGAGGUACCUUUAACCCCUGAGACUCUGUGUCGGGACAUAGUAGAGGUUUGUAAGGAACCUGGAGAGACUGACUGCUACCUUGCUGAGACCUGGAGGGGAUCAGAGCGUGUGAUUGGUCCUGGUGAGAGAAUAGUUGAGGUUUUGCAGCGCUGGGGACAACAAAAAAGUGAUGUUCGAUUCGUCCUCCGCCAUGAUCAAGCACCCAGCCAUGAAACAGGGAGUCCCAGAGUUCCAGAGCUAUCCCUAUUGAGGAAUACGAUGACCACAGACAGACAUCUCGACAACGGGCUGGCUCCACCUCCCAUGGACAUCAGUCUUACAGAGCUACAGGAGAUGGCAUCUCGCCAGCAGCAGCAGAUUAAUGCCCAGCAGCAGCUACUGGCCUCCAAGGAGCAACGCCUUUGGUUACUGAGGCUCCAGGAACAGCAGCAACGCGAGCAGGACAAACUACGUAUGUUGCGCGAGAACGCUGAAAACCAGGAGGCCAAACUGAGACGUGUACGUGCCCUCAAGGGGCAAGUGGAACAAAAACGGAUUAACAACAACAAACUGGUGGAAGAGAUUGAGCAGAUGAAUGGUUUGUUCCAGCAGAAACAGAGGGAGCUGGUAAGGGCCGUGUCCCGGGUGGAGGAGCUCAGCAGGCAGCUGGAGAUGUUACGCAGUGGCAAAUUGGACGAAGCCAACGAGCUCGAGCGACUCUACAAAGAACUUCAGCUAAGGAACAAGCUAAACCAGGAGCAGAGUGCUAAGCUCCAGCAGCAGAAGGAAUGUCUGAGUAAACGUAGCCAGGAAGCAGCCAGUAUGGAGCGGCGACUGGCUGAACUGCGAGCGAGACUUUGGAAAAAGAAAGCUGCUCUUCAGCAAAAGGAAAACCUACCUCAGCCUCUAGAUGGACAGAGCACACAUCCCUCCUCUGCUCCGUCUAGAAUAGCUGCUGUUGGUCCCUAUAUUCAGUCCCCCCCUCCUCCACUACCUCCUAAGCAGGAUGUCCUGGUAAAGCCAGCCUACCCGGAUGGUACUGCCACACUGCCAAGGCCACUUGCCAAAUCUAGUGGUAAGCUCUCCAAGGUUUCGGACUGGAGCAGUAGUGUUGAUAACGGCUCUCUGGGCGGGUCUCCGAGAGGUUACGCCUCCACUCUGCCUCGCAUGAGCAAUCAUGGAUCAACAGAAAAAGAUAUUGAAGCAGAUUUGAAGCCUCCACCACUUCCGUUACGGAAGAAUCAGAGCAAUGAGGACCUUUUAAGUGAAAGCCAGGGUGUUGGUAAAGCGCCUCCUCCCAUCCCCAGCAAACCCAAACCAGUCCAGUCUGGUUUUUCUAAGACUGGCUUCAACACUGGCACCUUCCCAGGCAAAGCCAGACCCACGUACCAGCUCACUACCCACAUCCAGAAAGCACCGAUGCCCGCUGCCACUGUACGACCAUUUACUGUGGAGGGCUCAACCAGCAAAGGAUCCACUAUCCAGAAGCCACAGACUCUAGCAGCAAGCUCCAUCUACUCCAUGUACACACAGCACAGCUCCCUAGCAAAGGGCUACCAGGGCCAGAGCACACUUACACGCUCACAACCUCGGGUAUACGGAAAGCCAGUCAUCCCAUCCAGUGGGGGACAGCACUCACACACCCAGGACAGCAGCCACAGUGAGAAAACCAGCUUUGCUGAGGCUGACCUGGUAGACCAAGGUACCAGCAACGCACCAACUGAGAUCACUGACCCUGAUCGGCCACCUCGCCCACUAAGCCCCACCAAGCUGCUACCAUUUCUAUCACACCCGCAUCGCCUGCAGAGCGAUGCAGACCUGGAAGUGCUACGCCGACGCCUACAUCACGCGCCACGCCCGCUUAAGAAGCGCAGCUCCAUCACUGAGCCCGAGGGGCCUGGAGGACCCAACAUUCAGAAGCUCCUGUAUCAGAAGACCACCCUAGCAGCCAUGGAGAUGCCUGAGGCCACCACAGGGGUAACUGAUGACGCAGGGACACUUUCAGAUGACACUUCGAAAGGACCAGAUGUUGAACGAAAGGUAGAGGAAGAAGAUCUGAGCCCGCCUUCUCUUCAACCGCACGGUUCUAUCCAAGAGGCGAGCAGAGGAGAUGAACCAGUGGAUGAUGAGCAGGAGAAAGGAAGAUCAGUCCCAGAGGAGUACCCACCUUACCCACCACCCCCCUACCCCAGUGCAAGUAAACAAGGAGGACAGGAUGUGGCUGAGGACAGAAGCAUUAAAGCACCAGAGGUCAUGGGGCAGGUCAUGCUACCAGCGGGGAAGAGGACGAACCUGAGGAAGACGGGGUCAGAUAGAAUCAGCCAUGGUAUGCGAGUACGUUUUAAUCCACUGGCACUGCUACUGGAUGCUUCCCUGGAGGGGGAAUAUGACCUGGUACAAAGGAUCAUUUAUGAGGUUGAAGACCCCAGUUUACCCAAUGAUGAGGGCAUUACAGCGCUUCACAAUGCAGUGUGUGCAGGACAUACAGAAAUUGUAAAGUUUCUGGUUCAGUUUGGAGUAAACGUUAAUGCUGCUGACAGUGAUGGAUGGACACCCCUGCACUGUGCUGCUUCGUGUAAUAAUGUGCAGGUUUGUAAGUUCCUGGUCGAAUCGGGUGCGGCUGUGUUCGCCACCACCUACAGUGACAUGCAGACUGCGGCGGAGAAGUGUGAGGAACUGGAAGAGGGAUACGCUCAGUGCUCACAGUUUCUCUAUGGUGUGCAGGAGAAGAUGGGGGUGAUGAAUCGGGGUGUUGUGUACGCUCUGUGGAAUUAUGAAGCUCAAACAGCUGACGAGCUGUUGGUUGUCGAAGGCGACUGCGUUACAGUGCUGAGACGUGACGAUGAAGAAGAGACUGAAUGGUGGUGGGCGCAAUGUGGGGACGACGAGGGCUACAUCCCUCGCAACCUGCUUGGGCUCUAUCCACGGAUCAAGCCCAGGCAAAGGAGUUUAGCCUAAAUCCUCAUGGUUCAGUUCCAAAUUGCUAAUGUGCCAUCAGUUAUAGUGCACACUUCUCAGCUGAAGACAAAUACACUCCAAAGUGCUUCUUCCUACAAGCUGCUGCAUUCCUGAACUUCACUUUGUAUUAAGUGGGUCAUUGUGUGGAGAGAAAGACAUUUCAGUUCAAAGAAAAUAGGAGAAAAAUAGGAGGAAGUGAAAAGAAAGCAUUUUAUUAAACCACAUUAGCAAUCCAGAUGAUGAUGUACCAUGUUUUGGACUGAACUGUAAAAUUCAUGAGCACAAUAGGAUGUGGAUUUUCAUAUUACAGCUAACGAAUGUUUGUUACUACUUUCUAAAGAGAAAAAAGUGUUGAAAAUAAUUGCACAGAUAAGUACAAAUGUACAGAAAUAAUCACUUUUUCUUUGUGACUAACCUCAGUUUGUUAAAAACUGCAGUACUGUAUGUAAUUUGUCCCUUGGGAGGUGUACCAUUAAUGAAUGUUACAAAAUGUUUCUUAAGUUACUUGCAAUAACAUAUUUCUACCAUCAGGUUCUUCAAAUUCCCCCUGUUCUGCAAUUUAAACUGAAUGUAUUUUUGUGUUCUAUAACAAAAAGUAUUUAUUAGUUAAGGCAAAUGAAAAUUUAUUGAAAGGAUAAAUCAUCUCGAUGGUGCUUAAUAAUACAGAAUUACACUGCUACUUUCUGUACAUAGUGACGUCUGAAGUUCAAGCAUAAAGUUUAAAAGAAAAUAAACCAUUUGUAA